UACUUUUGCAGCUUUCUCUUUUGGCUGGCCGUCGGCUGCUGGUACGUGGCGCUGCUGUCGUUUUCGCCCGCUGUCGGCGCCGUCUCGCGCGAGGAAAUUGCAACGUUUGCCAACGUCUUUAGCAGCGAGCUCCUCACGCUCGGCCCGAAAGCACUCAUGUACUGCGUCUUCUUGAUCGCGACCUCGGCCGGCCUCCUCGUUUCAUUUCUCGCGGGCUGGCAUUUCUACCUUGUUCUCACCGCCCAACUCGCGCUGCAUUGCGACACGUACAGUGUAUUUGGUCCGAUCGCACCCGCGGCUCCGACCACGGCGCAAUCGCACAUGAGUCGCGACGGCAGCCAGCGGGCAGGAACGCGACGUAGCUCGGCACGCUCCGUCGGGCUCGAUGCGUACCCCUCGACGCCGGCGUGUCUCUUUUGA